GUGCCACCACAAACCACUACCAUCUCCAUCCAUCAAUCUUACUAGGUCCAGUCGAUCGCCAUGGCCGUGAACGACACCAAGCUGGCCGACGCGGAGAACCCGGUGGCGGCGAUGAAGUGCGGCUCGGCCGACGACGUGGACUUGGCGGGGCGCGCCAACUGGCUGCGGGCGGCGGUGCUGGGCGCAAACGACGGCCUAGUUUCCACGGCGUCGCUCAUGCUCGGCGUGAGCGCGGUGAAGCACGACGUGCGCGCCAUGGUGGUGUCGGGGUUCGCGGGCCUGCUGGCGGGGGCGUGCAGCAUGGCCAUCGGGGAGUACGUCUCGGUGUGCUCCCAGCGGGACGUGGAGCUCGCGCAGCUGGAGCGCGACGGCAGGCGGGGCGGCGACGAGGAGCGGGACCUGCCGAGCCCCGUCCAGGCUGCGGCGGCGUCCGCGCUGGCGUUCUCUGUCGGCGCCUUGCUGCCGCUGCUCGCGGCCGGGUUCAUCGUGGGGUACAGGAUGAGGGUGGCCGUGGUGGUGGCCGUAGCGACCAUGGCGCUGGCCGCGUUCGGGUGCGUCGGGGCCGUGCUGGGCCGGGCGCCAGUGGCGAGGUCAUGCGCCAGGGUGAUGGUGGGUGGGCUCGCCGCCAUGGGCGUCACCUUCGGCCUCAUGCGACUCUUCCGCGCCAGCGGCAUAUGACGAGGGUUUUUUUUGUUGAUGUUGCUGCCGCCAAGUACGGCGUCCAUGCUUUUCUCGUGAUCCUGGUUGCGCCAACCUCCUGAUGACCUCCGUGCAUGCAUGCCUCCCUGAAUCGAUCGGUGCAUGCCGGUCGUGUUCCUCAGUUAUCUAAUUAUUAUUACUCUUAUAUUACUUAUACUCUGUCUUUGCAUGCCACGGCUGCCUGCCAUGCCAAUGUAACCAAAACUUAAAGUUGGACAUUUGGUUGUUUGCCUAAUGUUUUUCAUUUCGAAACUCGACAAA